ACCCUGGUGCCGUUCCAUUAUCUCGGAUCUUUUAUUAUCAGGUGGUUAUCCGCUUGAGAGAUCUGAGAUCGUUCCCUCUUUUGUUGGCAUCUUGUUGUUUGUUUGACGAUACUUAGUAGUCACUUCUUGUUUUUUUUGUGCUACUUGUAUUGUACAUUCUAUGGGGUUGAGUUGUUGAGAUUCCAAGACUCUCUCUCCCCCCUUGCGCGAUGGCAAGCAACCCCCAGUCAUCGUCCUCCUCCAUGACAACCAAAGAGGCCCCACGGGGCAGCGGCCCGGACGUUGAGUCUCAGCAAGACCGCAACGACGUGCCGCAUUGGUUCCUCGUCCUUCACCCGUCCGGCGUCAGUGACGCGGUGCUCAACUACCAGUACCCCGGCGAAGGCACCCACGAGUCGCCGUACGUGGUCGACUUCCUCCCUCACGACGCCAGCAACCCGCAGCAAUACAACCGUCUGAAGAAAUGGAGCAUCACACUGAUCCAGGCCGUUGCCACGCUGGCGGUAGCGUUUGUGAGCACGGCGUACUCCGGCGGCGUCAGCGAGGUCAUCCGCGACUUCCGCAUCUCCACGACGGUGGCCAUCCUGGGUAUCUCGCUGUUUGUGGUUGGAUUUGCCGUCGGGCCGUUGUUGUGGGCGCCUCUCAGUGAAUUUUACGGGAGACAAGUCGUGUUCUUCAUCAGCUACAUGGCCUUGGCAGCCUUCAGCGCCGGGGCCGCCGGGGCCCAAAAUAUUGAGACCCUGAUCGUCCUGCGCUUCUUCGCCGGUGCUUUCGGCGCGUCGCCCCUGACCAACUCGGGCGGCGUUAUCGCGGACAUGUUCAGCGCUAAGGAGCGUGGUAUGGCGACGAGCGUGUUCGCCAUGGCGCCGUUCCUCGGACCGUCCAUCGGCCCUAUCGUGGGCGGCUUCCUCGGGGAGGCCGAGGGCUGGCGCUGGGUCGAGGGCCUGAUGGCCAUCUUCACGGGCACGCUCUGGAUCGCGUGCGCGCUCUACGUGCCGGAGACGUACGCGCCCGUCCUGCUGCGGAAGCGCGCGGCGAAGCUCUCGCAGCGCACCGGCAAGGUCUACGUCUCCAAGAUGGACCUGCACGUCAAGACCACGCGCGCGCAGCAGAUCAAGACGACGCUGCUCCGGCCGUGGGUGCUCAUGCUGCGCGAGCCCAUCGUGCUGCUCACGUCCAUCUACAUGGCGGUCGUCUACGGCACGCUGUACCUGCUCUUCGCCGCCUUCCCCAUCGUCUUCCAGCAGAACCGCGGGUGGAGCCCCGGCAUCGGCGGGCUCGCCUUCAUCGGCGUGGCCGUCGGCAUGCUGGUCGCCGUCUCGUACAACAUGUUCGACAACCGCCGCUACAUGCGCGUCGUGGCCGCGCACGGCGGCAUCGCCCCGCCCGAGGCCCGCCUGCCGCCCGCCAUCCUCGGCUCCUUGCUGCUGCCCAUCGGCCUGUUCUGGUUCGCGUGGACCAACGGGCCCGAGAUCCACUGGGUCGUGCCCAUCAUCGCCUCGUCCUUCUUCGCCGCCGGCCUCGUCUGCGUCUUCCUCUCGCUCAUGAACUACAUGGUCGACAGCUACACCGUGUUCGCCGCCUCCGUGCUGGCCGCCACCUCGGUGCUGCGCUCCCUGUUCGGCGCCGCCUUCCCGCUCUUCACCACCUACAUGUACAAGGACCUGGGCAUCCACUGGGCCAGCUCCGUGCCGGCCUUCCUGGCCCUCGCCUGCGCCCCCUGCCCGCUGCUGUUCUACUUGUACGGCGCGCGCAUCCGCAUGAGGUGCAAGUUUGCGGCUGAGGCGGCCGCCGUGUUGGAGAGGAUGCAGAAGGCGCACGGCCAGCAGCAGGAGGCGAUGCCGCCGCCGUCGCCGGCUGGGCGCGGGGAAGAGGAGGACCGGGCCGUGCGGCCGGACGGAUUGCCGGUUAGCGAGAGUCGCGCCGUGUUGAGUGAGGAUGAGGGGACUGUGGUCGGGAGUGGUGAUGACGCGGGGGAGAAGACGAAGUGAAAAAGGGGAAAGCAAAGAAAAGAAAAAAAAGAAAUGAAGUUAGAUAAGAGGUUUGGAUGUUAACGGGUUUUUCUUCCCCUUUAUCUUUUGCGACG